AAGUGAAGGACGGAUCCUGGAUGGGCCGGGAGGAGGAGCCCCUGGAGGGGUUCGAGUGGCGAGUUGGCACCCGCAGCGUCACCAAGGGGGUGUGGGCAUGGAGUCAGCCCUUCUGGGUCCCCACUGAGUGGGGGAAGGUGGCCGUGCUGCUAGUCGACACCGAGGGCUCCAUGGACAUUGUCAGAGACACAGAGACCAGCGUCAAACUCUCCGCCCUCUCCAUGCUGCUUGGCUCCUACCAGAUCCUGAAUGUUUCCAGCCAGAUAAAGGACACUGAUCUAGCAUAUCUGGAGGUGAAGCAGGGAGAGGGCAGGAUGUGGCGCCGUUCUCAGGCAGCCUCUCAGGGUUCCUUCUCCACUCUGGGGUACAGCUGUGGGGACCCGCAUGAAAGACCCCCCUAAGCUUAUUUCUACUAGCUUAGGUUAAAAACUUCCCCAAGGCACAAAUCCUUCCUUGUCUUUGGAUGGG